AUGGAUACAAAAGAAGAGGCUGAACCUCUUGAAGAUAAGGCCUCGUCAUCCCCAAUUUUGCAGAAGAUAUCUGAGGGGUCAUUCAAAGUUGCAGGUGAAGCAUCAAAGAGUAUGUACUCUGGUGAUGCUGCCGGUGGCAGAGGCGGUGGUGAUGGUAAUGGUAAUGGUAACGGAGGUGGUGGCAGUGGUGGUAUUGGUGGGGUCGGUGUUGGAUCAAGAGUUCCACAAAAGAGGCCUAGUUUAUUACAUAGAAGAGCUCAAACUGAACUUUUUACCCAAGGGAUUCAACGUGUUGACAGCUUUCAGAAGUUGAAGGCUCAUGUUAACAAGGCUUUUCGGUGGGGAAACAGAUUCCGUGAACCAGAUUCCCCAUCAUCUGACUCCCCGUCGCAUUUGAGCCUUGAGGUCAUGGCGAACCAGAAACGGCAGUGUACUAACAUGUUGACAAAAUUAACUCGUGUACUUCUUUAUGUUGAUCAUGCUUCAUCUCUGGAUUGUGUAAACUAUAAGGAGCCAGCCACGCUUUUUGAACAUUUUGUGAUUGUGGGGCUGCAUCCUGAUACUAACUUGGAUGCUGUGGAGCAUGCAUUUGCUAGAAGGAAACGAUGGCAAAUAGAGAAAGAAAAAUCUGAAUAUGUAGAUUACAAAAUGCCAAAGCUAGACACAACUUUGGAACCACAGAUACUUUUCAAAUAUCCUCUUGGAAAGAAGCUAACAGUACCUCGGAAGGAGUUAUGCUCCUUUUGCUUUCCUGAAGGUGUAAAGGCAUCAAUGUUGGAGAGGACUCCAUCUCUAAGUGAAUUAAAUGAACUUGUCUAUGGACAGGAACAUUUAGGCAGAGAUGAUCUAUCAUUUAUCUUUACACUCAAGGCAGCAGACAGUGCAACACUUUAUGGAGUUUGUUUACAUGUGCCUGAAAUUGUUCAGAGGCCCCCUGGUAUCCUAGACAUGUAUUGUCCUCCAUCGCCCCGUCCAUUCAGCAGCCGGUUUCUGGUUUCUGCACCACGCUGCUACUGUUUGCUGACUAAAGUUCCUUUCUUUGAGUUACACUUUGAGAUGUUAUACAGUCUCAUUGCACAGGAGCGUCUGAACCGGAUAACUCAAUUUGUAAAUGAGUUGAAUCUUACUGGAGGCAUUCCCACGUCGAAGCCAGAUGAUCAAGUGAGCUUACAUGUUGAGUGCCCAGAGACAGAAUCAUUUAGUGAUUGGAUGUCUUUUGCAAUACCUGUUGAAGGAGCAGCAGUAAUUACUGCUGCUGCUGCUGGGAUUUUAUCGGAUGAUGAAGUCAUACAAUUAUCACCGAAAGUAUGGGAAUCUCCGAAAAUAUGGGAAUCUCCAAAAAGAUGGGAUUCUUGCUCUCAAUCUCCUGCAAGUAUGACUGCAAGUGAUGCUUCAGAGUUUUUCCUGGCUAGAGAUAUCGAAAAGGAUGGCAGGAAGAAUGUCCAGGGUCAUGAUAAUUGUGCUGUUGAGACAACAGAAAUUCAUGAUUCUACAGAAAGAACACAGGGGAAUGGUGAAAGUGAUCAACUUUCUCCCAAGUUUGGAACACCUUUUAGUGCUAGGAGUUGUGAAUUAGAGCGGCUUGAAAGUUUGGACUCACUAGCCAGCAGUACAGCUAAAAGUGUGGUUUGGGAAGAUGAUGAUGAUCUUUUUGCAAACAAUGAAAGAGACUAUGGGGAUGGCUUCUUAAUUGAAUUUCCUACGGAGAAGAAGAAUGAUUUGCUACAGAUAGUGCAUAGAUAUUAUUCACAUUGUAUUCCACCUCGAGGAACCGAAUUUAUCUUCCAUCCUCUUGAACAUCUACAAGCUAUUCAAUAUAUAAGACAUUCAGUUGAGGUCCUUGGCUUUAGCAAUAGUUUAAAUUCCUCUGAACCUGCUCAGGUCAAUGCAAAGUUGGCUGCUGCCGAGGAAGCCUUUGCAUUAUCAAUUUGGACGACUGCAACUACUUGUCGAGUUCUGUCCCUUGAAUCUAUGCUGUCAUUAUUUACUGGAGUGUUAUUGGAAAAACAGGUGGUAGUAGUGUGCCCCAAUCUGGGUGUUCUAUCUGCCAUAGUGCUAUGUCUUAUUCCAAUGAUUCGUCCAUUUCAAUGGCAGAGUUUAUUUCUACCUGUUUUACCUGGAUCAAUGCUUGAUUUUCUUGAUGCACCUGUUCCAUAUAUUGUUGGCAUACAGCGUAUGCCGGAUGAUUCGCAUAUGAAAACUAAUAACCUUGUUCUUGUUAAUGCAAUGAAGAAUCAGGUUAAAAUGUGUCAAUUGCCAAAACUUCCACAGUAUAGAGAACUUUACUCGCAGUUGAGUCCAAUUCAUGCCAAACUUAAAAACGAAAGUUCGCAUGCUAAAAGACAUCCUAUACAUAGGUGCAAUGAAGCUCAGGCUAAAGCUGCAACUCAGUUUUUGAAUGUAGUUUGGCACUAUUUGGAGUCACUGUGUUCAGAUCUAAAAUCUCAUACAAUAACUAGUGUACAAUCGAAUAACGACCGGGUUUCUUUACUUCUUAAGGAGACAUUCAUUGAUUCAUUUCCUAAUAGGGACCAGCUAUUCAUGAAGCUAUUUGUAGAUACACAACUGUUCAGUGUUUUAUCAGAUUCUCGUAUAUCAAGUUUUGAGAGAGGUCAGUUAUAGCCACAUUAAUUUAUAUAGGAACACAAAGGUGGAGUGGAACAUAUGCUUCUUAACCCUUACUGGUGAAGGUGAACUAACAUAAGUGCACAUGAAAUUUUGCUAAUCAAAGAAUCCAAUGUAUUUUUUUUUCUUUGGGAAUGACAAAACAUUGAUAUGGGGUGUUCAUGGUUAAUGAGAUUUGUAUUAUGCUCGAUACAAAAGGGAUGCAAUGAAGCCCUGUAUGCCUACACCGCUGAUUAUGCUGACCCUAGAGGAGAGAAUCAGAAUCAAGGUCCCUAUUUUUUUUUUUGUUGAGGGAUAUAUGGAUAUUGUUAAAUCAAGGUUCUCCAGUGCAUGUGUACAGUA